AUGAGUAUGUUGGCUCCUUCAAUCCCUAGCUGCGCAAAACCCUUUGCAAGAGUAAACCCUUCUCUUCUUACGCUGAGGGCAUCUUCUCUACGCCAUGACUACCCCCUCGCAAGUAAAAUUAUUGUUAAAAAUUUACCAUAUUCUACUGGUGAGACUACUUUGCAAAAGGAAUUUUCAAAUUUUGGGAAGAUAGCUGAAGUUAAAAUGGUUAAAGAUAUGAACACAAAACGAUCUAAGGGUAUUGCUUUCAUUCAAUAUACAUGCCAAGAUGAUGCCAUGCUUGCACUAGAAACCAUGGAUCAGAAGGAUUUUUACGGUCGAACAAUCUGUGUGGAAAUUGCUAGACUGGGUUGGGAUUAUUUUGGUGCAACCCCAAGGGCCUCAGGACCCCCAAAGAAGUGGGAUUUGCCAGAACAAGAAGAAGUGGUAGAUUGUUGGUAUUGA